AUGGUGCCGGACUUUGUCAUGCAGAUCACUGCCGCUGGAACCAAUGGCCAACACACAUUACGCACGAACCCUGCUGGAAACAGUAUAACGAAAGAUGCACAACACGCUGGCUCACAAGUAUCCGCUUCGAUGUCCAGGAACGAGCCCCAAAAUUGUAUGGAGCCUGAGAGUGCCAUGCAGCCUGAGGGUGGAGUUGCAGAUGUAAUGUCCAUGGACGAGGCAGACUUGCUUGUGGAGGAAAGCUUUGCACUUGCCGCCACAUCUGUAGGUGGAUUACAGAAGAAGGCUAGCAAGCUCAAUCUUGUUCGCAAAAAGCUUGUACGGCCUGCGCAGGAGGUAGUGGUGAGCGCGACAGAGACUGCUGACAAGACGGAGAGGGUCGGUCAUACCAGCUCGUCAACGAGGGCUCAGGCAUCCGUUUCCGCGAAGGAUACGAGUGUCUCCAAUGACAAUGCCUUGGACGGUCCACCGCCAACGACGGCGGCCAUAACCGCAGAUACAGGCGUCUUACCAGAGGUACCGGAGUCACCUGCUGCAGUAAGAAACAUCUCGAGCGAGCAUGAGCAAGCAGCUUAUCAAUCCGAGACCUUAAUGUCGUCAGCAUUGGACCGACAUAUCGAUGGAGCGCAGGAUUCGACAGUUUUCGCUUACCGUGCUUCUGCUUCGCGGAGCCCCGGAGUCGCACAGCCAGCACGCAAGGCGCCGAACGUGGACCCAUCACUGCCUACUGCAAAGCGUACCAAGUCAGUGAAAACUAUCGUUUCCUGUAGCGUUUGCAAGAAACGUACUUUUGGGCUCAAAGCCAUCGGACAUGCGCUUUGCAGUGAAUGUAAAGCAAAGAAAUCGGCGAUCCAGGACCAUAAGACCCGAGACGAUGCAACGCCUGCUGUGAAGUCAGUGGAGGAAAGCCGUGGGUCAAGUGUGCGGGCUUUCGCGCCAGAAGUGGCUUUAUCCUCAAGAUCACCUGUUGAAGAGCAGCCUGCCCUGGAUGUUACUUCCUCAAUGAAGGUCGUUGAGAAGUCAUUUCAGAGCGGGCACGUGGAAGCAGAGCUGUCGCCGCCUACAGACAAGAACAAGGGUGAUAGACUGGACUUUUGGACAUCAACGACCAGCGGGAAUGGGCCAAAAACAUCCGAGCAUGUGACGGGCCAUCCACAACAGGAAAUCGCGAUUGCUCAAGAAGGGC